GGUGGCAGGAACCGAGGGACAGUGGCAGCCGCACCUCCCCCUGCCGCCGCCGCCACCCCUUCUGCCUCCUGCUAACUUGCAUGCUGUGGGUGCCCUGGACACCCGCAGAGGACUGACCAUCUGAGCCAGCUUCCCUCCAGCACUGAGAUCCUCAACAUGUGGCUGGAGUGGCUGGUGGCCUGGAGCUGGUCUCUGGAUGGCCUGAGGGAUUGCAUCGCCACCGGUAUCCAGUCCGUGCGGGACUGCGACGGCUCAGCCGUCCUCACUGUGGCCUGCCUGCUGGUCCUGUUUGUGUGGUACUGUUACCAUGUGGGCCGCGAGCAGCCCCGCCCCCACGUAUCCGUCAACUCCCUCCUGCAGGGCGUGGAUGCCAACGGGCUGCAGAAUGGAUCCAUGUACUGCCAGUCACCAGAGUGUGUGCGCUGCACGCACCACGAAGGCCUCAACCAGAAGCUCUACCACAACCUGCAGGAAUAUGCCAAGAGGUACUCAUGGUCCGGCAUGGGCCGCAUCCACAAGGGCAUCCGGGAGCAGGGCCGCUACCUCAGCAGCCAGCCCUCCAUCCAGAAGCCCGAGGUCUUCUUCCUGCCUGACCUCCCCACUACGCCCUACUUCUCCCGGGACGCCCAGAAGCACGACGUGGAGCUGUUGGAGCGGAAUUUCCAGGCCAUCCUCUGCGAGUUCGAGACUCUGUACAAAGCCUUCUCUAACUGCAGCCUCCCUCAGGGGUGGAAAGUGAACAGCACCCCCAGCGGGGAGUGGUUCACCUUUGACUUUGUCAGCCAGGGCGUUUGUGUCCCCAGGAACUGCAGGAAGUGCCCACGGACUUACCGCUUGCUCGGCAGCCUCCGGACCUGUAUUGGGAACAAUGUUUUUGGGAACGCCUGCAUCUCAGUGCUGAGUCCUGGGACUGUGAUCACGGAGCAUUAUGGACCCACAAACAUCCGCAUCCGGUGCCACCUAGGCCUGAAGACUCCCAAUGGCUGUGAGCUGGUGGUGGGGGGCGAGCCCCAGUGCUGGGCAGAAGGCAGAUGCCUACUCUUUGAUGACUCCUUCCUGCACACUGCGUUCCAUGAAGGUUCCGCUGAGGAUGGCCCACGGGUGGUCUUCAUGGUGGACCUCUGGCACCCCAACGUGGCAGCUGCUGAACGUCAGGCCCUGGAUUUUAUCUUUGCUCCGGGACGAUGAGGACACAGCCUGGGCUGGAGCCAGGCUGAGUGGUGGGUGGACUGUGGGAUUGCCCACCCUAACGGUGCCCUGAUCCAUGCCGGAAGCGUGAAUGGCUUCUGGCCGCUGUGGGGCGUCUCUCCUUCGAUUACUGGGAACUUCCUGGGUUUCUUUCCCCUUCCAGCUAUUUGCUGGGACU